ACAUAUAUAUCUUCAUUUGAAGCAUUGAAUUAUAUAUGAUAUGAUGGCAAAUCCAACACCAAAUUUUGCGAGCGCUAUAAUCAACGGUGAGUAUUGUGUUCCACAUUCAGUUGAUCUUGUAAUGACGAAGAAGAGAACUCUCGGUGGUCGCCACUUCACCGUGACAGGCGUCAACGACGACGUCGUUUUCUGUGUUAAGGGUCCUCUUGUACCCAUCGUCACACCUCGUGGCCACCGCUUUCUGCAUGACGCCAAUGGCAACACCAUCCUCCAUCUUCGCAAAUCAUCGGUAUUAAGAAGUGGGUGGGAAGCAUUCGGAGGUGAAAGUACAGAAGAAAGGGAUCUAACCUUUAUUCGGGAGCCAGCAAAGCUAUUUCAGCGAGAGACGAAAAUGAAAGUGUUCUUAGCAAAUAAUAGCACGCAAGUGUGUGACUUCAAACUCGUCAAAGCAAGUUCCUUUGGACGAUCUUGGGUUGUUACCAUUGCUGAAUCCGACACUGUUGUUGCCCAGAUAACGCGCAAGCCUGGAAGGAUAAUUAGCAGUGAGAAGUUCAUGAUCACAGUAUCUGCGAACAUAGAUUAUGCAUUCAUAGUGGCUCUAACUGUCACUCUUGAGGACCACCUCAGGACUAAGAGGAGAAGGUCAGCGGUUGGCAUGAUUGCAUGAGGAGGUAGUCAGAACACUUCACAAGGAAAAAUAAGGGUUUUUUAUUUUUCAAAAAGGAUAAAUUACUAAAAUAGUAUUUGAAAGUUUAUAAAAUAAUUCCUAAAAUUAAAAACGACAAUAAUUCCUAAACUGAUUUAAAAACGUGAGAAAGCAACCUAAAAAGUAUUCAUUUUUUAUAAAUGGCAAAAAAAUUUUAAAUUUAGCAAAUAAUUUGUGCAUUUUAUUCGAAUUUUUUUGUAUAUGGCAACAUUUGAAUAUUUAUUUAAAAAGUGCAUAUAAAAAA